CUCUGUAGAUAGGUACUGUGUCUAGCAACUUUUUCGCUUGUUGUUAAGAUUGUUUUCGGUAUGUUGCGACAGUUAGUUUUAAUUUUAUAUUUGGGUUUCGCCAUUUCGUUUCCCGAUGGAAACAUUCCGAAUAAAAAUGCGGAACAACCUAUAAUAACAACACCCCUAGGACAAAUUCAAGGUACCAUCAUUGCGUCGAGGCUUGGAAAGCAAAUCUACUCUUUCAGAGGUAUUCGUUACGCCAAAGCACCAGUCAACGAACUCAGAUUCCAGCCUCCAGUUGCGGUGGAGAAAUGGGACGGUGUUUUAAAUGCUACUUUGGACGGUCCCUUAUGUCCCCAACCGACUGAUCAACCAAUUUCAGAAGACUGUCUGUUUGUAAAUGUAUAUUCCCCAAAGAUUCCAAAAGGUUCAGAAAAACCAAGUCAACCAGUACUGGUUUACAUUCACGGUGCUGGUUACAAAACUAAUGGUGGCGCCAGUAACUGGGUCGGCCCACACUAUUUACUGGACCAAGAAAUCGUUUUGGUCACCUUUAACUACCGCAUCGGAACCUUAGGCUUUUUGAGUACGGGAGACAAAGAAGCACCGGGAAACGUAGGUCUUAAAGAUCAAGUACUGCUUUUGAAAUGGGUGAGAGACAACAUUGCUUCGUUUGGAGGUGAUCCUAACUGUGUAACUAUCAUGGGUUAUGAUUUCGGUGCUGUUGCGGUAACUCUACAUUUGGUAUCACCGCAGUCGCAAACUUUAUUCCAUAAGGCAAUCGCCAUGAGUGGUUCCAGUUUAGGAAACUGGCCUGUACCUCAUAAUCAAAUGGAUUUGGCUAAGAAACAAGCUAAAUUGUUAGGUUGUCCUGAAGAUACCUCUGCAAAUAUUGUUAAGUGUCUUAGGGGCAAAACCUAUUCAGAAAUCAGUGAUACUUAUCCUCAGUUCAAAGAGUUUUUCCAAGAACCUUUUGCACCAUGGUUACCAGUAAUUGAAGGAGAAUUUGGCCAAGAACGCUUCCUCACCGGUCAUCCUAUUCAAUUAGUUCAAAACGGCCAAUUUGCCAAAGUACCAUUCCUUACUGGAGUAACCACAGAAGAACAUGCCUGUAAAGCGUUCUGUGUUUUAAAUAAUGAUACCCUAAGGAACGAACUAAACAACAACUUUGAAACAAUUGCACCAAUUGCUUUGAUUUAUGAAAGAGGAACAGACAACUCCAAAAUUAUCAGUAAAUCUCUCAAAUCGUUCUAUUUUAGCGACAAACCCAUCGAAAAGACUAGUGUUGCCCCAACAGUUCAAAUCUUCUCAGACGGAAUUACUGGCUUUUCAGUGAACAGAGCAGCCAAACUCAUCUCAGAAAAGAACAAUCAAUCAGUGUAUUAUUAUAAAUUCAACUAUGCAGGGCGUAACAGCCAUUUUUACACGCCUCAAAGCAACAAAACUGAACCUUUUGGUGUCGUCCACAAUGAUGAUUUAAUGUAUCUGUUUUACAUUGAAAAACUGUUUCCCUUCUUCAAGGACACGACACCAAAUGAUGCUGAAAUGGUGCAGAAGAUGACCACGUUGUGGGCAAACUUUGUCAAAACCGGAAAUCCUAUUCCUGCACCUACGGAAAAGUUGGACAACGUUAAAUGGGAACCGUUCACAACAAAAACUCAGAAGUACAUGGAUAUUGCCAAUAAAUUAGUACUAAACGAGAAACUGAACGAGAAAAGAUACGCGGAAUGGGAGAAAUUAUUCCCUUUGGCUCAAUAUGGCAAGAAUAAGGCCAGUGGUUAAAUAUAUGAACUGAUUUUAAAGACUUGAUUGUGUUUUUGCAUGUGUUUGUGAAAUGUAUAUAAUAAAAAUAUUAAUAAAUAAUAAUUGAAUGAA